AUGAUUCUGGGUCGCAACACUCGACUCGUCUCUGUCUUUAAAUCGACUACUGCCCACCGCGCAGCCUCGAUCCCCAUCUCCUUCAGCCCGGCCUUACCCCGCCUCCCCGGAUUCGGCGCAAGAGCAAUGUCCGCAACAGCUGUGCGACCCGACCCUUUUAAGCCGGCAAAGAGAGUGGCCGGACAGCGACAAGAUGUCUGGUCCAUCGUGAACGAAGCCGCGGCCGCCUCGCCCGUUCAGCCGAUUGUGAAUAUGGGCCAAGGAUUCUUUGGUUACAAUCCUCCCAAGUUCGCUAUUGACGCGGCCAAGGAUGCCCUGGACCGGGUGGAAUGCAACCAGUAUUCCCCGACAAAGGGCCGUCCUCGUCUCAAGAAGGCCAUUGCGGAUGCAUACUCGCCUUUCUUCGGCAGGACCUUGAAUCCGGAGACAGAGGUCUCCAUCACCACGGGCGCGAAUGAGGGUAUGCUGAGCGCAUUCAUGGGUUUCAUUGAACCCGGUGAUGAAGUCAUUAUCUUCGAACCGUUCUUUGACCAAUACAUCAGCAAUAUCGAGAUGCCUGGUGGCACAAUCCGUUAUGUCCCCCUUCACCCACCCAAGGACGGUGCCACAAGGACCUCUCCUGCUUCAGAGUGGACUAUUGAUUUUGACGAGUUGGAGAAAACUAUCAACUCCAAGACAAAAAUGAUUGUGUUAAACUCUCCCCACAAUCCCGUGGGCAAGGUCUUCUCACGCGAGGAGCUCCAACGUAUUGGAGAUCUGUGCGUGAAGCACAAUCUGAUCAUUCUGUCUGAUGAAGUGUACGAUCGCCUUUUCUAUGUGCCGUUUACCAGAAUCGCCACCCUGUCACCGGAAUUGUACGAGCGUACGCUCACCGUGGGUUCCGCCGGCAAGGCUUUCUACGCCACUGGCUGGCGAGUUGGGUACCUCAUUGGUCCUGAGCAUCUCAUCAAGUACGUUGCCGGUGCCCACACCCGCAUCUGCUAUAGCAGUGUGUCUCCCCUGCAAGAAGCAGCCGCCGUCGCAUUCGAGCAGGCCGACAAGGAGGGAUUCUGGGAUGAAAGCCGGAAUGAUAUGCAGCAGAAGAUGAAACGUUUCUGUAAAGUAUUUGAUGAGCUUGGCAUUCCGUACUCCGACCCUGAAGGUGGCUACUUCGUUCUCGCCAACAUGGCCGCAGUCAAGCUGCCGGCCGACUAUCCGUUCCCACCGCAUGUGGCCAACCGGCCCCGAGACUUCAAACUCUGUUGGUUCCUGAUUCAGGAGGUUGGUGUGGCCGCCAUCCCGCCCACGGAGUUCUACACCGAUGCCAACUCGCACAUUGCCGAGGACUAUCUGCGCUUUGCGGUCUGCAAGAACGACGAUGUGCUCGAGACGGCCAAGGAGAGGCUGAGGGGCCUGAAGAAGUAUAUUCAGUGA